AUGACUCAUCCCCACGAGGAGUACAGACACAUGAAGGCCUUGAAGAGACACAACGACAUGCUUGGUUUCGUGGCUGAUGCGGAGUACGACGUCCCGACCAAGUGCCCGUGUGGUGGAGGUAUCAAUCCCGAGGUAUCUCUGUGUAACAUGUUUCCCAAUGAUUUUGAUACGCAACCUGGAAGGAGGUACUUCACCUGCAAAAACUUUGAGAAUGAUGGUCUACACUUCCGUACGCUGUGGGUGUUCGCGAUUGAGGACGAGGUUACGAAGUUAGUACGCCGUGUCGAAGAGAUGGCUGAGGAGAUUGAUCGCCUCAAGUCUCAGCUUUACCAACUCCACCAUCCAUGA